AUGGCAUGUUGCAUUGGGGCAAGGUUGGCAAAUUCUGUUCGUAAUGCCCUUGACUUACCAGAUAUGAGAAUCACGUUCUGGACUGAUUCUUCAGUUGCUCUUUGGUGGAUCAAGGAGCAAGGAGAUUGGUCAGUUUUUGUUACGAAUAGAGUGAAAGAAAUCCAACAGUUAUCUGGAUAUGAUGUUGGUAUUUUAAGAGUUAAGACACGUAUAACUGAACGUAAAGAUGUACCAGACUUUUUGAGUCCAAUUCUUUUGCCAAUUGAUUGUAUAUUUACUAAGUGUUUGAUUGAAUCUGUUCACAGAAAAAAUUGUCAUGCUGGUACUCAGAUUAUGCUGUCUAUUUUAAGAGAAAAAUUUUGGAUUGUAAAAUCACGUAAAACUAUUAGAAAUGUACUUAAUGGUUGUUUUAAAUGUAAACGUUAUAAAGCAAAACCAUUGGCUACUGAGUCUUGUCCGCUGUCUGAAGAUCGAGUUUCCGACACAGUGGCCUUUGAAGUGACGGGAGUCGACUUAGCGGGACCACUUUUCUUGAAGAACAGUUCGAAGGUUUGGAUUGUAUUGUUCACUUGUGCUGUAUAUCGAGCUGUUCAUCUAGAACUUGUGGCUUUUCUAAGUACCGAUUCUUUUUUAAUGGCAUUCCGUCGAUUUAUAGCUAGAAGGGGUAGACCAAGAACCAUCUACUCAGAUAAUGGCACUAAUUUCAGAGGUGCAAAUAAUGAAUUAUCUGAACUGGAUUGGGAAAAAAUCACUAGGGAAGCAAACAUUCGUAGAAUUUUGUGGAAAUUUACUCCUCCCACAGCUUCCUGGUGGGGAGGCUUUUGGGAACGGUUGAUUCGGGUUCUCAAAGAACUGUUAAGACGCUCUCUCGGAAAAUCGAUCUUGUCUUUUGAGGAGCUCGAGACUGUGUUAUGUGACUGCGAGUCUGUUAUAAAUUCGCGUCCCCUAACUUAUAUCUCUGAAAAUUCAGAUGAUCUUAUUCCUUUAACUCCUUCUAUGUUUUUAAUUGAGAAUCGAAAUUUUAGUACUAAUGACAUAGACAUGGUAGAGACCCAACGUUUAAGAAAAAGGAUAAGAUAUAGAACUAAGUUGCUGAAAGAUUUAAGACUUCGUUUCCGAAAAGAAUAUUUGAGUUUAUUAAUUCAAAAACCAAAUAAGAAAAAAGACAUUCAUGAACCCAAGAUUGGUGAAAUUGUAUUAAUAGGAGACAACAGUAAAAAACGAUUGAAUUGGCCUUUGGCGAUAGUGGUAGAUGUGUUGCCAAGUCGCGACGGAAAAAUUCGUACCGUUAAAGUAAAAACACAGUCUGGAGUUUCUCUGAGGCCUGUGCAGCGAAUUUUUCCUCUAGAAUUAAACAUUAAUGAAAUAGAUUCUCUCACUAAGAGUGAUAAUGAAAGUAUUAAAAAUGAAACUAUAUGA